AUGGAGGGUAAAAAACUGAUUUCUGCAACAGACACGCAGUAUUCUAGUGUGCUCCUUCAGACUCUGAAUGAACAGCGUGGCCACGGGCUCUUCUGUGAUGUUACUGUCAUCGUGGAGGACCGCAAAUUUCGAGCUCACAGAAACAUCCUUUCAGCCUCAAGCACGUAUUUUCACCAGCUUUUCUCAGUGGCUGGGCAAGUGGUUGAACUGAGCUUUGUAAGAGCCGAAAUUUUUGCAGAAAUUCUUAACUAUAUUUAUAGUUCCAAAAUAAUCAGCAUUCGAUCUGAUUUACUUGAUGAACUGAUUAAAUCAGGACAACAGCUGGGUGUUAAAUUCAUCGCUGAUCUGGGCGUACCUCCGUCUGAAGGAAAAAACAUGCCAAGCGAGGUCAAAGAUGGUGCUUCAGAAACUUCAACUUCUAGUCCCAGUCAAAAGGAUGCUGAAACACAAGUACCUGUGAUAAGGCCAGAGAGCCAAGAGGUAACGGAUGGGAUGCCAGUUAUAACACAGUCAUUCUCCUUACAUGGCAUAGCGUAUGAGACUACAAAAAUUACAGUGAGUGAUUCAGAUGAUGAGGAUGAUGAUGUAAUUUUUUGCUCUGAGAUUGUUCCUCCAAAAGAAUGUACUAAAGAUACAAAUGCUGCAACCCAGAACCAGCCUUGCCCAAAUCCAGCUGGAGUUUCUGACCAAAAAUCAUGUGGCAGUGGUGGCUCUCCCCAUUUGACGAGCACCACGGCAGCUCAAAAACUCCCUUCAUCUGCCAGUCAGCUAAGCCUAAACCAAACACAAUCAAGUGCUGAAUCACUUGUCCCUGCAACACUACAGCAUUUGACUCCUAAUAUCAUUGUGCUAAAUAAGCCUCUGCUUAACUCAUCGCUCGGUGCCAGCUCCUUGCAUCAAACACAUGUGACCCCUACAAUUAAUUUACUUGAGGAGAACCAGCAGCCAUCUAACAAUGGCUCCUUAACUGGAGUGGAAACAACUGCUGUUGAGGAGGAGGAGGCUGUUGAAGAUGAUGUCGAUAUCAUUAGCUCCUCUAGUCCUGGUUCAGUCAGCAGUAGCUCUUUGGCUCAGCAACCUUCUACUACACCCAAGGCAGCAACCACUGAAGGAUCCGGCGUACAGAAAAAACAGGUUGUGACAUUUUCACAAGAGCCAUUUUCUAAACCUGGAGAUUUUAAAAUAAAAAUCUCAGAUGUCCUUAGUGGAAACAACAAGGAAUUGAGUUCAGGUAUAGCAUCAAAGCACGUGGCAGAAGGGCAGAAAAUCAUAACGUUAGAUACAGCAACGGAAAUAGGCGGCCUGUCCACCGGCUGCAAGGUUUAUGCAAAUAUCGGUGAGGAUACGUACGACAUAGUCAUUCCUGUGAAGGGAGAUUCCGAGGAGGGUGAAGCCAAGCCUGAUGAAACCCCUAGAACAUCUGGUGGCAAUUCUCCCAUCAGGAAACGCAUGAAAGUAAAGCACGAUGACCAUUACGAGCUCAUAGUGGACGGAAGAGUCUACUACAUUUGUAUUGUGUGUAAGAGAUCCUACGCCUGUCUGACGAGUUUACGGAGACAUUUUAACGUUCAUUCCUGGGAGAAGAAGUAUCCGUGUCGAUACUGUGACAAAGUUUUUCCUCUUGCAGAAUACCGUACCAAGCAUGAAAUUCACCACACGGGUGAGCGAAGGUACCAGUGCUUGACGUGUGGCAAAUCUUUCAUCAACUACCAAAUUAUGGCCUCCCACGUAAGAUCAGUUCAUAGCCAAGACCCUUCUGGAGAUACCAAGCUUUAUCGAUUACACCCUUGCAGGUCUCUGCAGAUCAGACAGUAUGCAUACAUUACUGAUCACUCACGCAGUAUACCAGUCAUCAACGAGGGUGGAAUUGUUUAUCGCGUCGGCACAGGGAAGGAUGGCACCGAAGGAACAACAUCUAACACUCCGGCCAAACAAAUUACCUGGGAUGACAUUUUCAUUCCACAGGGAAAUGAAGCAAUUUUUAAACAAAAUCAAUCAGAGGGAAGUACUGAAUUUGAGUUUGUAAUACCAGAAUCUUACUGAAGCGCAUUAAAUGCUAGAAAAAGGCUUCAGUGCAGGAAUUCUGCAGCUGUUUUAAAUGAACUGUUAAAAUUGCUGUAAAAAAUCAAAUAUUAAAGUGAAAACAAGUUAUCUUGUUCUACUAAGUCAUCAAAUGGUAACACUUAGG